AUGCCACUACGCCAGCUUUCCCUCGCGCUACGGACUGCAAGACGGGCGCAAUUAGAACCAACGAGGUGGCGCCAACAUGGACGUCUUUUCGCGCGCAGCUGCUCUUGUUCUGCGCCCCACCAGUUGCAGCACACGGUGACCGUCUCGUCUGAAGCACCCGCCAGUGCGCAAUUGAACCCUACAGCCGGUACCCCGCCUACACCUCCUCUCGACCAUCGAGCCCUCGCGCAAACACACAAUCUCUUCAUCACAUCUCCAUAUAGCCCCGGCUCGCCGCUUAUCCUUCCCAACGGUGCCUAUGUCUUCCAGAAGUUGCAGUCUUUCCUGCGAGCGCAAUAUCCGCAAUUCGGCUUUCAAGAGGUCAUCACGCCCAUAAUAUACAAGAAGUCGCUAUGGGAGAAGUCCGGGCACUGGGAGAACUAUGCAGAGGACAUGUUCAGUGUGCAGGGAAGAGGGACAACAGCGCAGAUACCUGAAGCAGAAGGCGGAGAGGACGGCGAGUUCGGUCUGAAGCCCAUGAACUGCCCCGGCCACUGUUUGCUGUUCAGGGACGAGAUCAAGAGUUACAGGGAUCUCCCAGUCAGACUCGCCGAUUUCAGCGCUCUGCACCGGAACGAGAUCUCAGGCGCCUUGACAGGACUGACCAGAGUCAGGCGGUUCCAUCAGGACGACGCGCACAUCUUCUGUCGACCAGACCAAAUUCUAGCAGAGAUUGAGCAGACGCUCCAGUUUGUGGGCAUGGUAUACAACACGUUUGGACUGGGACCCUACAAGCUGCUUCUCUCUACUCGGCCCAAAGACAGCUUUAUCGGCACCAUCGAGGAGUGGGAUCGUGCAGAAGAGCAGUUGACUACUGCGUUAAACAACAUCGGGAGUGAAUGGGCAAUCAACGAGGGAGACGGAGCGUUCUAUGGCCCAAAGAUUGACAUCAUCUUGAAAGACUCGAACGGCAAGGAGCAUCAGACGGCAACCAUACAGCUCGACUUCCAGCUGCCACAGCGCUUCGAUCUGCAAUACCAAGCAUCACCGGAAGAAUUGGAGGCAGGACCGCAGUCGUCUAUGGAUGCAGGUCUGGAUCCGGCUCUUCGCCGCCCAGUCAUUGUACAUCGCGCCAUCUACGGUUCCAUCGAACGCUUCAUGGCUUUACUGAUCGAACACUACGCCGGCAAAUACCCGUUCUGGCUUUCGCCUCGGCCAGCCAUCGUCUUGUCGCUAAACUCAGACCCAAAAGUCCUCGAACAUGUCUCGCGCAUUCAGUCUGUCCUUUCCGGUCUCACACCCUCCGACGCACCAGCCACGUCCGCAUCGUCACCCAGGCCCUUACCGUUAUCGACUAUACACCUGCCUAUCGAUGUCGAUACAAGCGACCGCUCGCUCGGAAAGAAGAUCGCCGAGGCAAGAACAAAGAAGUACAAUCACAUCAUUGUGGUUGGCGGCAAAGAGGUUGAGAGUGGUAGCAUGAAUCUUCAGAUCGUGAACCAGCCAAACGAGGAGUCCACUAUAGAAGCUCUGCAAGCCUCCUUGGGAAAGACCCUCACUGAGAGAGAGCGAACAAAGGCCACCGUGAACGUUGACCUGGACGGCGCCAGGAAAUACUUCGAGAACCUGGCCAACUCGUUCUUGUAA